GCUAAUCAAAGGACAAAGCUUUCCUAAUUAACCAGGAAAUAUGUUUUUUUACCCACUGCCACAGCCACAGCCACAGUAUCAGCCUCGGUCUCAGCGCCAAAAACCCAAAGGCCCAAAAGACGCACAGCCGAGAGUCCCUUUCUUGUUUGUCUGCAAAUCCUUAUUGAAUAAUGGAGGGUUUGGCUUCGUUCCGGGCUGUCCCUUCUUUUACUUCCAGACCCAGAAGCUCCAUUCUCGGCACAGCUUUGAACCCGCGUAGAGGGAACUCGCUCUCUCUUCCAUCUUCGUCUUCCUCCAAUGUUCGAGCUCAACAGACGGAGUCUAAGGAUGACGAACCUGAGCCUGUGAAAAUUGAGCUGAAAAUCAAGGAAUGGGAGAAUAGCAUGUACCACAAUGAAGUAGCUGCGAGCCAAGGCAUCCGAAUCAGAAGGAGACCACCAACUGGACCCCCUUUGCACUAUGUUGGGCCCUUUGAGUUUCGCUUGCAGAAUGAGGGCAAUACUCCACGAAAUAUUUUGGAGGAAAUCAUUUGGCACAAAGACACUCAAGUUGCACAGUUAAAGGAGAGGCAACCUCUAUAUUCUUUGAAGAAAGCUCUUGAUAAUGCUCCUCCUGUUAGGGAUUUUGUUGGAGCUCUUAGAGCAGCAAAUUCACGAACUGGACUGCCUGGUUUAAUAGCUGAAGUGAAGAAGGCUUCUCCAAGUAGAGGAGUCCUGAGAGAAAAUUUUGAUCCGGUGGAAAUUGCCCAAGCUUAUGAAAAAGGGGGAGCUGCUUGUCUUAGUGUUUUGGCAGAUGAAAAGUUUUUUCAGGGAAGCUAUGACAAUAUGAUGGCAAUAAGAGAUGCUGGAGUAAAGUGCCCUUUGUUGUGCAAAGAAUUUAUCAUUGAGGCUUGGCAAAUCUAUUAUGCUCGAUCCAAAGGUGCAGAUGCAAUUCUUUUGAUUGCUGCUGUUUUGCCUGACCUUGACAUCAAAUACAUGACAAAGAUCUGCAAGAUGCUUGGCAUGGCCACCCUUGUUGAGGUGCAUGAUGAGAGGGAAAUGGACCGUGUUCUUGGCAUUGAGGAGGUUGAGUUUAUAGGCAUCAACAACCGCAAUCUGGAGACAUUUGAGGUUGAUAUUAGUAACACAAAGAAGCUUCUUGAAGGAAAGCGUGGCGAAGAGAUCCGUAAAAGAGACAUAAUUGUGGUAGGAGAAUCCGGGCUAUUCACUCCUGAUGAUAUUGCCUAUGUACAAGAAGCUGGUGUUAAAGCGGUUUUGGUAGGAGAGUCGAUUGUGAAACAAAGUGACCCUGAGAAGGGAGUAGCUGGACUUUUUGGUAAAGACAUUUCUUUAAAGUCAGUUUAGGGAGAUUCCACCGAACUUGUUCAAACGAGAGACAUUUCCUUACUCUCUGCAUCCAAUCUACAUAGAAGAGUAAAGUGGAAUAAGUUGUAUGCAUCAACUGCCUGUGAACUGUGAUAGUGAGAGUUUUUGUAACUCAAUUUCGUUUUUGUUGCUCGGAAGGAUUUUUGUAAUUCAAUUCUAA